ACCCCAAACCUUUCGAUAUUUCUUCACCUUUUUCCUACACUAAAAAAAAAAAGGAAAUGUUACGAGACGAACCUCCAUAACGCAUUUCCAUUUCUCUCAGAACUUUCCACAAACAUCUAAACCGCAAUUCAAUUACUCCGAUCACACCCGCCACCACCGCCGAUGGCUCUCGAAAUCACCCAAUCAGACAAAGCAAAAACGCUAGCAACAUGGCUAGCAGUAGCAAUCGGCGUCUCACUGCUAGGUUUAUACAUAAAAAACAACGAAUUCAUUCAAUGGCACAAACUCCGCAAGAAAAACAAGAAGAAAAUCCGCGUUUACAUGGACGGUUGUUUCGACAUGAUGCAUUACGGCCACUGCAACGCUCUCCGUCAAGCGCGUGCAUUAGGCGACGAGUUGAUUGUCGGCGUUGUUAGCGACGCUGAGAUUAUUGCCAAUAAAGGACCGCCAGUGACGCCGCUGCACGAGAGGACGAUCAUGGUUAACGCCGUUAAAUGGGUUAAGGAGGUUAUACCUGACGCGCCGUAUGCUAUAACGGAAGAUUUCAUGAAGAAGCUGUUUGAAGAGUAUAAUAUUGAUUAUAUUAUUCACGGUGAUGAUCCUUGCGUUUUGCCUGACGGUACGGAUGCGUAUGCUCUUGCUAAAAAAGCCGGCCGGUAUAAGCAAAUUAAGCGUACUGAAGGAGUUUCCAGCACGGAUAUUGUUGGGAGAAUGUUGCUUUGUACACGAGAGAGAUCGAUUAGUGAUAGUCAUAAGAAUUCAUCUUUGCAAAGACAAUUUAGCAGUGGUCAUAGUAAGAAAUUUGAAGAUGGUGGAGCUGGAGCUGGCACCCGCGUUUCGCAUUUUUUGCCUACUUCCCGCAGGAUUGUUCAAUUCUCGAAUGGCAAGGGUCCAGGUCCUGAUGCUCGCAUUGUUUAUAUAGAUGGUGCUUUUGAUCUUUUUCAUGCUGGACAUGUCGAGAUUCUCCGUGUUGCUCGAGGGCUUGGGGACUUUCUUCUUGUUGGAAUACACAAUGAUCAGACUGUCAGUGAUAGAAGAGGAACACAUCGUCCUAUUAUGAAUCUUCAUGAGCGAAGUUUGAGUGUUUUGGCUUGUCGAUAUGUGGAUGAGGUGAUAAUAGGUGCUCCAUUGGAAGUUUCUAAAGACAUGAUAACAACCUUUGACAUCUCUCUAGUUGUACAUGGAACAACAGCAGAGAACACAGAUUAUCAGCAGGAAAAUUCUAAUCCUUAUGCUGUUCCUAUCAGUAUGGGUAUCUUCCAAGUCUUGGAAAGCCCUCUGGAAAUUACAACCACCACAAUAAUUAAGAGGAUUGUCUCAAAUCAUGAAGCGUACCAGAAACGAAAUGAGAAGAAGGCAGAAAGUGAGAAGAGGUAUUAUGAGGGCAAGACUUUUGUAACUGGUGAUUGAGCCAAGGCCAGGCACAUGAAUAUUAGAUCUUAGGUGCGGUAUUUAUAUAGAGUCGCUGAAAUAACCUGUACUAACAUUACAUGUGGCGUAAUGGGUUGUGAUUAGAUCACAUGCAAUGCAAUUGCUGAGUUAGUAUUCUUCAGGGAGUUAGUUAAAUUUGUAAUUGUUUUGUUUGUAACACUGAUUUUGGAGUUGGUUCCGAUGCAUUUGUAGCGAAAAUGAGGCAUGGAGAAGUAGAUUUGCUAGAAAAGCCAUUGCAGGCAAUAAUAUUAGAAGCAGUGUAUGAGGAACGCAGCGCUCAUCUAUGUGUUGCAUUGGUCUCCAUGUAAACAUUAUUAUCAAUGCAAUACCUGGAAUAGUUUUAUUA